UAGCUACUUCUUUUGUCUUGUACCUCUUAAAGAACCUCACUCUCUCUCUCUCUCUCUCUUCUCUAUUACCAAAAAUCCCCAAAUUUUGAAAAGUUUAGGGUUUGAAGUUUGAUAGAGAGAGAGAGAUGAGUGCUUCGAGGUUUAUCAAGUGUGUCACCGUCGGCGACGGUGCUGUCGGAAAGACUUGUCUGCUCAUCUCCUACACUAGCAACACUUUCCCCACGGAUUAUGUGCCAACUGUGUUUGAUAAUUUCAGCGCCAAUGUGAUUGUGGAUGGGAACACUAUCAACUUGGGAUUGUGGGAUACUGCAGGACAAGAGGACUACAAUAGACUAAGACCAUUGAGCUAUCGCGGCGCAGAUGUCUUCUUACUCGCUUUCUCCCUUGUCAGCAAAGCUAGCUAUGAAAAUGUUUCUAAAAAGUGGGUACCUGAACUGAGACAUUAUGCUCCUGGUGUUCCAAUCAUCCUCGUCGGAACCAAGCUUGAUCUUCGAGAUGACAAGCAAUUCUUUGUUGAGCACCCUGGUGCUGUGCCUAUCUCUACUGCUCAGGGUGAAGAACUGAAGAAGGUGAUUGGGGCACCUGCUUAUAUUGAAUGCAGUGCAAAAACACAACAGAAUGUAAAAGCGGUGUUUGAUGCGGCUAUCAAGGUAGUUCUCCAACCACCCAAAAACAAGAAGAGGAAGAAGAGAAAGUCUCAGAAAGCUUGUUCUAUAUUGUGAUUCAAUAGAGACAGAAGAACCAACAGGAGGAUUGAAGAGCUUCACUUGUUUGUUUUCCUCAAGAAAGGAGGAAUAUGUUGUUGUAGUCUUUAAAAAAAUCAGAAGUAGUACCAAGUAUUUGUAUUAUUGUUUGCAUUUUGAUCUGUAAAUAUACCACUGAAUACUUUAUUUCUUUGUUUUCUAGACUCGCACGAAUGGUUUAGAGAUUAUUCUCCAAUAAAAGUUUUUGUGUGGUUUCAGCCA